CGGUGUGUGUAGUCGCGCGCACUCCAGGGGCCCGGCCUGCGGGACAAGAUGGAGUACUUGCGGGUCCUGAAGCGUGGGCUGCAGCAGGUCAGCGGCCACGGCGGCCUCCGAGGCUACUUACGAGUUUUCUUCAGGGCAAACGAUACAAAGGUUGGCACAUUAGUGGGGGAAGACAAAUAUGGAAAUAAAUACUAUGAAGACAACAAGCAGUUUUUUGGCCGUCACCGAUGGGUCAUGUAUACCACUGAAAUGAAUGGCAAGAACACAUUCUGGGAUGUGGAUGGAAGCAUGGUGCCCCCUGAAUGGCACCGCUGGCUUCACUGUAUGACUGAUGAUCCUCCGACCACAAGGCCACCUACUGCUCGUCCGUUCAUUUGGACGAACCAUAAAUUCAACGUGAGUGGCACUCCAGAACAGUAUGUUCCUUAUUCCACCACCAGGAAGAAGAUUCAGGAGUGGGUCCCGCCCUCAACACCUUAUAAGUAGCACCUGUGAAAAACACCUUAUACAUGUGGGGGGGAAAUCAGCUCUUCUUGUAAUUGCACUUUAUUGCUAGCAACUUGAUUAAAAUUGUUGGAUUAAA